AUGCGCUCCACUACCACCCGUGUCAUCUUUGGCGCGCUGGCGCUGCUCGUCCUCGCCACAGCGGUUCAUGCUGCUCCCACCCUGCCCGAAAACAACACGACCGCCGUCGCCACCAUGAAGAGCAAGGCAUCCCUGGUCGCCCGAGGCCAGGACCUAGUCGAUGGAGGCUGGAAAAUCGCCUGUAUCGUUCUUAUCGUGUUCUCGGGCAUGAGUCUUGUUACCUCUUGCCUUGGAUACUUCUCGCUCCUGUGCUGCUUCAACCGCAUUAUGGAUUAG